UUCAAAUUCUUCUCCACCCUCUCUCUCUCUUCUCAAACAACCCACUUUCCAGCUUUCUGUUGUCAAAUUCUGUUUUCAGAAAACAGUUUUCUAAAGCACUUCUCCUCAUAUCUACUACUCUGCUCUUUCAUCACAAACACUCCACUCUCCAGCUUUUGCUGUCACAGUCUGUUUUCGAAACACUUCCCCUGUCAACUACUAAGACUCAACUAGCCAAUCUCCAGCUUCUGUUGUUAAAUUCUGUUUCCAAAAAACAGUUUUUUGAAACAAUUUCGUUUCAAUUCGUACUCUGAUCUUUCAUUACAAGCACUCUACUCUCCAGCUUUUGUUGUCAAAUUCUGUUUUCGAAAAAGAGUUUCUUGAAACACUUACUCUUUUAACUGAUACUGUAAUUGUUCAUUACUAAAUCUCCGUUUUCUGAAAACACUGGUUGCUUUUAAAAUCUCCGUUUGUUUCACUCGUACAAGUAGUUUUCCGUUGCCAAAAAACAGUUUUUUUAAUUCUUCUCUUGAAGAAUCGAACUUUUCAGAUGGGUGUUUCUAGAAAAUGGCUGAGAUCACUAAUGACUCACAAAAAAGUUCAAACUUCAGACCAGGAUAAAGUUAAUGACAGCAACACCAAGAAGAAGUGGAGGCUAUGGAGGAGUCCAUCAGAAGGGUUUGGGCCUUCCUCAAAGAGAGGCCACGUGGCAGCCUCAGAGGUGUCUGAUUCUGAUGGUGCGUUCAAUGCAGCCAUGGCUACCGUGGUUAGAGCUCUCCCCAAAGAUUUCAAGAUGGUUAGGCAAGAAUGGGCUGCAAUUCGCAUCCAAACAGCAUUUCGAGGCUUGUUGGCUAGACGAGCUUUGAGGGCCCUGAAAGCAGUGGUGAGGCUUCAAGCUAUUUUUCGUGGGAGACAGGUGCGGAAGCAAGCUGCUGUGACACUGAGGUGCAUGCAAGCUCUUGUUCGAGUUCAGGCUCAUGUACGGGCAAGGACUGUGAAAGAAACUUCCGAAGAGCAAGCUGCGGAUCAGGUUAAUCCAACUAAGCUGGUUGAGCAAGGAUGGUGUGAUAUUCCUGGAACUGCAGAUGAAGUUAGAGUAAAACUAAAACUGAGGCAAGAAGGAGCAAUCAAGAGGGAGAGAGCAAAUGCUUACUUCCUUUCUCAACAGCGAUCAAGAUCUUGUCCUAGUCCUAAUUCAAGAGCAAACAAGGCAGCAGUGUCCCUCAAGCAUCAUAGGCUGGACAAGAACAGCCAGGAAUGGAGCUGGCUAGACAGUUGGAUGGCAGCCAAGCCAUGGGAAAACAGGCUGUUAGAAGAGAUUCAUACGGACCCAUCUGAGAUGAUGACGACUCCUUUUUCUCGUAAAAGUGAAGAUAAUAUUGCAGGGUUCUAUUCCAGUUCUUCUGAACAUUACCCUGUAAAAGGAAGAAGGAUUAAUGCCACUGCUAAAACCCGUGCUGAACGUCAAAUUACUCACUCAUCCUUCUCCCCAAGUUCUGAAUCUCCAUAUGACGAGACCUCACCGUCAACUUCAUCUUCAUCCGUGUCUCAAACUCCAGUGUCGGGCAAUAUUCUUAUGGUGGAAGGAUCAGAAGAUAGUUAUUACCGAAAACCAAGCUACAUGAGUCUCACACAGUCAACCAAAGCUAAGCAUAAGGCUACAAGGUUUUCUUCUUACAAGAAUCCAUUAGCAUUUUCUAAUGGAGACAACAGAAGCUGUGCUGAUUCUAAUCCUUCAUCCAAUUUGUGCAAGGAUUUGUACCCACCAGUGCCAUUGGGUCAACAUGAUUGGUUCAGGAACCAGCGGUGCCAAGGGAGCUGAAAUUUGCUCAGUACAACAGCUUGUUGCCCAUUGCAAAUUGUUAUACCAGCCUAAUUACAUAGACUUGUACCAAAGGAUUGAUGCCGAGUCAUCUUGGUUCAGAUACAUAUAUUAUACAUGUAUUAUCUAAAUAUUUGGAA